AGAAGAAAGCAAGAGUUGGAAGACAUUUAUGUUCACAUUUUUUAUAGUUGGACAUUGUGUUUGCAGUAUGGAUAACGGCGCCAUGGACAGACAUUUUUUGUUUUCCAUCCUCUUUCUUCAGGGCCUCAUCCUAUGUGUGUGCUGUGAAAGUCAGCCAUUACAGUCAGCUGAAGUCACCAACACACAGCCAUAUAGAGGCUAUAGCAGACAGCUGAGUGGGAUAAACCAGGACAAUCCCAAUUUUCCAAGCUUGGAAUUCCCAGCAUUACGAAGAGGGUUGGUCAGGAGGCGGAGAGAUUGGGUGAUUCCACCAAUCAGUAUUUCAGAGAAUGACAGAGGCCCAUACCCCAAAUCUGUGGUGCAGAUCAGGUCCAGCUAUGCCCGUGAGGUGGCCAUCAGUUACCAGUUGGUGGGACCAGGAGCCGACCAGCCUCCCGAGGGCCUUUUCACCAUUGAAAAGCGCUCAGGCAUGCUGUUUGUCACCAAGUCCCUUGACAGAGAGAAAACAAAGGAAUACAAGCUCACAGCUCAUGCCAUAGUAGUAGGCACUGAAGGAGACCGCCCUGCCGAAGCGCCCAUGGAGAUCACCAUCAAAGUGCUCGACCAGAAUGACAACCAUCCGACCUGUACCCUGGGCAUCUUCCAGGGCAACGUGAGCGAAGUAGCCUCCUUAGGUCAGCCGAUUGUACGGAUCAGGGCAGAGGAUCAGGAUGAUCCAGAGACGGAGAACGCCAUGGUGAGGUACAAAAUCCUGAGGCAGGAUCCAGCCCAGCCCAACGCUGAGAUGUUCUCCAUCAAUGAAGUCAGUGGCCUCGUCAGUGUGGCCUCUGUGGGGCUUGAUAGCGAGACCCACCAAGGCUACAGGCUGAUGGUAGAGGCAGCUGAUAUGGAGGGUCAAGGGUUGAAGACUACCUGCACCGCCACCAUCUCCAUCACUGACAGCAACGACCAUGCUCCCAAGUUCAGUCAUACCACUUACACUGGCUCCAUAAGGGAGAACGUUGAGGGUGGCGUUGUGGUGAGGCUCCCUGUGACAGACCUGGACCAGGCUCUGAGCCCGACCUCAGCCACCACCUACGCCAUUGUCAGGGGCAAUGAGAAUGGCCUUUUCAAAAUCAGCACCGGACCCAGCAAGAUGGAGGGCAUCAUCACUUCUGCCAAGGGUCUGGACUUUGAACAGAAGCGUAAACACACACUUCUUGUUACCGUGGAGAAUGAGGUUCCUUUUGCUGUACCUUUGAGCACAUCCACUGCCACUGUCAUAGUAGAGGUGGAGGACGUGAACGAGGCGCCUGAGUUUGUGCCUGAACAAAAACUCGUCAAAGGAGCAGAGGACAUGUCUGUUGGUACUGUGAUAGCUGUGUACAAAGCUAAAGACCCUGACACCGCUAGAGAACAAACAGUGAGAUAUAAGAUGUUGUCAGACCAAGCUGGUUGGCUGGAGGUGAGCCAAGACUCUGGCCUGGUCCGCGUGAGGAAUGCAAUGGACAGAGAGGAUGCGCUGGUCAAAGAUGGAAAGUACACUGUCAUCGUCCUCGCCUACGACAAUGACCUGAACCCUGCCACCGGCACAGGGACUCUCGUGAUCGAGAUGGGCGAUGUGAAUGACAACGCCCCCCUGGUGAAGGAGAGGCAUGUGCAGUUCUGUUCCCUCGACCCGGUUCCUGUUCCACUCACCAUUCUGGAUGCAGAUGGACCGGGCAACGCCGAUCCAUUCACGGUCCAGCUGACGGAGGGCAGCCAGACCAACUGGACCUUAAUCACCAACUCCAGCUCUGGUGUGGUGAGUGUGCGUCCCCGCCGGCAGCUACCCUCGGAGGAUUACCUUGUGGGGCUGCGUGUGUAUGAUGCCCAUAUGCUAGCGCAGGACAGCUCGCUGCAGGCAGAGGUGUGCCAGUGCAGCGGUGCCGUCACCAGCUGCUUCCACCCGCUGCCACGCUACGUCCCCGACACAGCCUCCCUCUCCAUGGCCAUCCUGGGUGCCGUGUUUGUCUUACUAUUGCUGCUGCUCCUGUUGAUAUUCUUCAUCAAGAGGAGGAAGAGGGAGAAACAGGAAGUCCUUCUGCCAAAGGAGGAAGUGCGAGACACACUCAUCUUUUACAACGAGGAAGGUGGAGGGGAGGACGAUCAGGAGUAUGACCUGAGCCAGUUGCAUCGUGGGCUUGAUAACCGACCUGAGGUGGUGUGUACUGAUGUGGUCCCCACACUCAUGCCCGCUCUACCCUAUAGACUGAGACCAGAAGAGAACGAGGAGAUUGGGAGCUUCAUCAAUGAUAACCUGGCAGCUGCAGACGGUGACCCGGCGGCGCCCCCCUUUGACUCGCUGCUGGUGUUUGACUAUGAGGGGGCGGAGUCCAUCUGCGGCUCUCUCAGCAGCCUGCAGUCCAGCAGCUCGGACAGAGACCAGGACUACGAGCACCUGCAGCAUUGGGGUCCGCACUUCAGGAAGCUCGCCGACAUGUAUGGAGAAGGCGAGGAUGACGACGACGACGAGACAUUGCCCGGGAGGAAGGAAUGGGUCUGAGACGGUCUGUUUCAGAUGCAGUGCAGAGGAGCAGCAGUGCUUGCCUGGACCCCUCCUCCAGGACUACACUUUCAAAGUGGCUCA